CGCCGGCCGCCCACCGACUCCAGGCGCCGCAGUUCCGGGCCGGGUUUUGGCGCCUCCCGCGGGCGGCUCCCUCCCCACGGCGAGCGCCGCUACGUCACAAUCGCAGUGCGCAGCUAGUGCCUUGAUCCCUCCGCCCGGCCUCUCAGGACGGCGGCCCGCUGCCCACCAGACUCGGCCCAGAACCCCAGUCUCAGCAGGAGGACAUUUUAGGACGGGACCUGGGUGACUCUAGGGAACUGGUUUUCUUUCCAGAGAGCGGAACAGGCGGGGAAAAAUAGUCCCUUCUCGGCGGUUCUGCGGAGGGAUCUCCUCGGGGCGGUGUACGCCGAUGACUAUAUAAGGACGCUCCGGGCGUGGUGCAGCUAGUUCCGUCGCAGCCGGGAGUGCAGUUGUGUUCGUGGUUUGUCCGUUGCUGUCAUCGCCGCUUGACAAUGCAGAUCUUCGUGAAGACCCUGACCGGCAAGACCAUCACCCUUGAGGUCGAGCCCAGUGACACCAUUGAGAAUGUCAAGGCCAAGAUCCAGGACAAGGAAGGCAUCCCUCCUGACCAGCAGAGGUUGAUCUUUGCCGGAAAGCAGCUGGAAGAUGGGCGCACCCUGUCUGAUUACAAUAUCCAGAAGGAGUCCACUCUGCACCUUGUCCUCCGUCUCCGAGGUGGCAUGCAGAUCUUCGUGAAGACCCUGACUGGUAAGACCAUCACCCUUGAGGUCGAGCCCAGUGACACCAUUGAGAAUGUCAAGGCCAAGAUCCAGGACAAGGAAGGCAUCCCUCCUGACCAGCAGAGGUUGAUCUUUGCCGGAAAGCAGCUGGAAGAUGGGCGCACCCUGUCUGACUACAACAUCCAGAAAGAGUCUACCCUUCAUCUCGUCCUCCGUCUCCGAGGUGGCAUGCAGAUCUUCGUGAAGACCCUGACCGGCAAGACCAUCACCCUUGAAGUCGAGCCCAGUGACACCAUCGAGAACGUCAAGGCCAAGAUCCAGGACAAGGAGGGCAUCCCUCCUGACCAGCAGAGGUUGAUCUUUGCCGGAAAGCAGCUGGAAGAUGGGCGCACCCUGUCUGACUACAACAUUCAGAAAGAGUCCACUCUGCACCUCGUCCUCCGUCUCAGAGGUGGCAUGCAGAUCUUCGUGAAGACCCUGACUGGUAAGACCAUCACCCUUGAGGUCGAGCCCAGUGACACCAUCGAGAAUGUCAAGGCCAAGAUCCAAGACAAGGAGGGUAUCCCUCCUGACCAGCAGAGGUUGAUCUUUGCUGGAAAGCAGCUGGAAGAUGGGCGCACCCUGUCUGAUUACAAUAUCCAGAAGGAGUCCACCCUUCACCUCGUUCUCCGUCUCCGAGGUGGCAUGCAGAUCUUCGUGAAGACCCUGACUGGUAAGACCAUCACCCUUGAGGUCGAGCCCAGUGACACCAUUGAGAACGUCAAGGCAAAGAUCCAAGACAAGGAAGGCAUCCCUCCUGACCAGCAGAGGUUGAUCUUUGCCGGAAAGCAGCUGGAAGAUGGGCGCACCCUGUCUGACUACAACAUCCAGAAAGAGUCCACUCUGCACCUUGUCCUCCGUCUCAGAGGUGGCAUGCAGAUCUUCGUGAAGACCCUGACUGGUAAGACCAUCACCCUUGAGGUCGAGCCCAGUGACACCAUUGAGAACGUCAAGGCAAAGAUCCAGGACAAGGAGGGAAUCCCUCCUGACCAGCAGAGGUUGAUCUUUGCCGGAAAGCAGCUGGAAGAUGGGCGCACCCUGUCUGACUACAACAUCCAGAAAGAGUCUACCCUUCAUCUCGUUCUCCGUCUCCGAGGUGGCAUGCAGAUCUUCGUGAAGACCCUGACCGGUAAGACCAUCACCCUUGAGGUCGAGCCCAGUGACACCAUUGAGAACGUCAAGGCAAAGAUCCAAGACAAGGAAGGCAUCCCUCCUGACCAGCAGAGGUUGAUCUUUGCCGGAAAGCAGCUGGAAGAUGGGCGCACCCUCUCUGAUUACAAUAUCCAGAAAGAGUCCACUCUGCACUUGGUCCUGCGCUUGAGGGGGGGUGUUUAAGUUUCCCCUUUAAGGUUUCAACAAAUCUCAUUGCACUUUUCUUUCAAUAAAGUUGUUGCAUUCCCAA